AUGGAGAUUGCGGAGAGGAGGGACGAUGAGAUCAGAGACGCCAGAGAAUCGGCAAACAUGGACAGCAUCAAGUCGCAGUACGUUACCGACUCAUUUGCCGACGAACGCCACUCUCGUGAGCUCAAGGCUGGUCUGCAUCCUCUUCGGUACAAGUUUGCGAUUUGGUACACCCGUCGCACACCAGGGGUUCGGAGCCAGACUUCUUAUGAGGAUAACAUAAAGAAGAUUGUGGAAUUCAGCACGGUUGAAGGAUUUUGGGCCUGCUACUGUCACCUUGCUCGUGCUUCUAUCUUGCCGAGUCCAACAGAUCUUCAUUUCUUCAAGGAUGGGAUUCGUCCGUUGUGGGAGGACGGUGCCAACUGCAGUGGAGGAAAGUGGAUCAUACGUUUCUCAAAAGUUGUUUCCGCUCGCUUCUGGGAGGAUCUGCUUCUUGCGUUGGUAGGUGACCAGCUUGACGAUGCUGAUAACAUAUGUGGGGCAGUACUGAGUGUCCGUUUCAAUGAGGACAUCAUUAGUGUAUGGAAUCGCAAUGCUUCUGAUCAUCAGGCAGUGAUGGGUUUGAGAGACUCAAUCAAGCGACACUUGAAGCUGCCUCAUGCAUAUGUCAUGGAAUACAAGCCCCACGACGCCUCUCUCCGCGACAACUCUUCCUACAGAAACACAUGGCUGAGAGGAUAG